AUGAAUAUACCUGAAAACGUGAGUGUAGAAGAGACCAGAUAUUGUUUCCCAUUGGUAAAUGCAUCUUGUCCUAAACAUAGUUACUCAGGAACUGUUGUAGCUGGUAUGUGUUUUUUCAUGAUUUGCUCCACACUGAUUACAGUUAGUGGCAACCUAAUAGUUAUUAUUUCAAUAUCGCAUUUCAAAUGCCUUCACUCACAAACCAAUAUUUUGGUAUGCUCUCUGGCUGUUGCAGAUCUUCUUUUAGGCUUUCUUGUCAUGCCUUAUAGCACAAUAAGGACUGUUACAAAUUGUUGGUACUUUGGGAGUUUACCUUGCAAAAUACACUCUGGUAUUGAUGGAACUCUUUCUGUUGCAUCUGCCUUUCACAUCUUCUUCAUUUCUAUUGAUCGCUACUAUGCUGUCUGUCACCCUCUGCAUUACUCCAACAAAAUAACAUUCUCAGUUACAAUGAUGUUUAUUGGGAUAAGCUGGGCUACAGCAAUUACUUACGUAUUUUAUGUUACUUUCUCUGAAGUAAACUUAGUAGGAAUUGAAGACUAUGUCACCUUAAUUUCUUGUGAAGGAUUUUGUAGUGUUGUAUUUAAUAAAGUUUUGGGAGUUACAACCUUUACUUUUGCAUAUUUUAUUCCUUGUACUGUCAUGACAGUUAUGUACAUCAGGAUUUUUAUUGUAGCAAAACGCCAUGCUCAGUUUAUUAACAACGUGACAGAAAAAAGUAAGUCAUUAGAAAUGGGACAAAAAAUAUCUAGCGUGAAGGAAAGAAAAGCAGCAAAGACAUUAUGUGUCAUCAUGGUAACAUUUGUGGUCUGCUGGACUCCUUUUUAUUGCACAUUUGCCAUUGAUCCUUUCUUAAAUUAUACUAUACCUGCAAAUGCAUAUGAUGUAUUAGUAUGGAUAGCAUAUAUGAAUUCUUCCCUUGACCCUAUAAUUUAUGGUCUCUACUAUUUAUGGUUUAGAAAAGCUCUUGUCAUUUUGUUCUCUGGGAAAAUAUUUCAUCCAGGCUCCUCUGACAUUAAUAUUAUUACAUAA